AUGUUGUCUAAAGCAAAGCUAAUCAUAUGGGACGAGGCACCAAUGAUGCACAUGUAUUGUUUCGAAGCACUUGACAAAACAAUGAAAUCUAUACUUGAUUCAGAUAUUCCAUUCGGAGGCAAGGUCGUAGUUCUUGGAGGGGACUUUCGGCAAAUUCUGCCAGUUGUGUUGAAAGCAUCUAGACAAGACAUUGAACAUGAGACUUCAGUCCUCCUCCUCUUCACCAAUGCAGAUGAAAUAAGAGAAUUUGUGGACUGGAUAUUGAGAAUCGGCCAUGGCGAUGCUGGCGAGGUAAAUGACGGUGAUACCAUAAUUGAAAUUCCCAAUGACUUGUUGAUUCAUGAUUCUGCAGAUCCCUUUUUGGAUCUUAUCGAGUUUGUCUAUCCCGAUCUGGUGAGAAACCUUUUCACUCCCGAUUAUUUCGAGGGCAGAGCAAUUCUUUCACCCACUAAUGAAAGUGUUGGUUUUGUGAACGAUCAUUUUUUUUCGACCAUAACUGGAGAGGAGAAGGUCUAUUUCAGCUCCGAUAGUAUGAUCCUCUCCGGUAAACAUGUUGGUGAUGUGGUGUUUAUUCCUAGAAUGACUUUGGUAUCGUCCAACUCUGCAUUGCCUAUUAAAUUCCAGCGACGUCAGUUUCCGCUGAUGGUAUCAUUCGUAAUGACAAUCAAUAAAAGUAAAAGGCAGACACUUUCUCAUGUAGGCAUGUACUUGCCGAUAUCUGUUUUCAGUCACAGACAGCUCUAUGUCGCACUCUCGAGAGUUAAGAGUCGAAGUGGCAUAAAGAUUUUGAUGAACUCGGAAUCUGGUGAUGCGACCAACGUUACAAAUUAUGUUGUAUACAAGAAAGUUUUUCAGCGUAUAGGAAGGAUGGAUGAUUUUGUGGUUGUAAAGGGGCUGUUUCUCUGGAGAUUUAAGGAGAUAAAUAUUAUCUUUUGGAGAGUAAUUGAAGUAGGAAAGUAUGUGGGAUCCUCUUGGCUUGAAGUAGGAAACAAAUUCCUCCAUGUGAAAGGUGUGAUCGAUGGAAGAGAAGAGAAGGGGGAGGUGUGUGGGCUGCCGAAGGAAAAGAGAAGAUGGAGGGGCUUUGUAUGCUGA